AUGAUUAUUGAAGGAAAACAUCUGGUCAACUAUGAAAUCCGUGUAUAUUUUAUUUAUUCACGAUGUCAAAUUUAUUUAGGUUCAGAAGAUCGAAAACAAUCUAUCGAAACAAAACAUCAUCGAAAAUGUACAAAUGCUAAUGAUAUUAAAUAUGCUUUACCACUUAUUCGUCAAGCUAAUGUUAUUAUUUUAGCUAGUAAUUGGUAUGAAUGGAGUGCUAAACGCUUAUCAAUGACAUUAAAAUUAGUAAAUUUAACAAAACAGCAACAAAUAUUUAUUAUUGGACUGAAACAUUUUUGGCAUGUUAAUCCAAUAUUAUAUGUUAAUAAAUCAACUGAAUAUCGACUUAAACAAUAUCAAUACUCGAAGAUAGAAAUUAUCAAAGUCAAUAAUUUAUUAGAACAAACAAUAGAUAAAUCAAUAUUUGUCAAUGUGCGAAAGAUGAUCUGUACUGGAUAUAAUUAG